CACAGAAAAGUGUUUACAAUUGAAUCGUGAUACCACGUGCUUUGCGAGGUUAAAUCGAAUCGACAAGUGAAGUUUAUAUAUUUUUUUUGUUUAUUUACUUACUAGUCAGAAGUCAAUAUCAAACAAGAUGGUUGAGAACAUGGAGGUAGAUCAACCGAGUGAGAAUGCGACAGGCGGUGAAGCGUGGAGUGCUCUUGGAGUUCCAGAAGAAAUAAAAAGGAAUUUGAUUGAACAAGGUUUCCUGACUCCAACAAAAAUACAAACUUUGGCCAUACCACCAGCUAUUUUUGGUAAAAGGGAUAUUCUAGGAGCUGCUGAGACUGGCAGCGGCAAGACUCUGGCUUUUGGCAUUCCUAUUUUGGAUGGUAUAAUGAAACUUAAAGCUAAACAUGGCAAAAUCAUCAAAACUGCAAGCGGUUCAUUCAAAGAGGUUGACAUGAAUGAGACUGAAUUCGACAGCGAGAGUGAUGAAGAUGAAGAUAAUGAAUCAAAGGCAGAGGAGAGCACUAUAAGUGAUAAUGGUAUAGGACUGGUCAAAGUCAUCGAUAAUGUUGAAAUUGAUGGUUUCCCAGAAAAAGCAAGUAAUAAACCUCUGAAGCCAUUGUAUGCUUUGAUUUUGACUCCUACUCGUGAACUAGCUGUGCAGAUCCGUGCCCAUUUGAUAAAAGCAGCAGCUAAUACAGAUAUUAGAAUUGCACUUGUUGUUGGAGGAAUGGCUUCUGUUAAACAAGAAAGAAUCUUGAAACAAGGUCCUGAAAUUGUAAUAGCAACACCUGGCAGAUUGUGGGAGCUUAUAGAACUAGGAAAUCCUCAUUUAAAUCAAAUCGAAUCAGUGAAAUAUCUUGCUAUUGAUGAAACCGACAGAAUGUUAGAAGCUGGCCACUUUGAAGAAUUGCAUCAAAUUUUAGAAAAAAUGAAUUUCAAAGAAUCUAAAAUUCAGCAGCGUCAAACUUUUGUAUUCUCUGCUACUUUGUCGUUAGUUCAUGACAUUCCUGAUUACUUGAAAAGAAAGAAGCAACGUAAUUCCAGAAGUAGAAUUAAGAAGCUCACACCGGAACAAAAAUUGAAAAAAGUCAUAGACAUAUUGAAAUUAAAGAAUCCAAAAGUAAUUGAUGUUACCACAAAAACAGGAACCACAAAUAACUUAACCGAAUGCAGAAUAGUUUGUUCUAUUGAACAAAAAGAUUAUUAUCUCUACUAUUUUUUGCAAAGACAUCCUGGAAGAACAUUAGUAUUUUGUAACAGUAUUGGAUGUGUUAAGAGAUUAGCCCAAUUAUUCAGUAUUUUAAAAUGUAAACCUUUUCCACUUCAUGCAAGCAUGACUCAACCACAGCGAUUGAGAAAUCUUGAAAGGUUCCAGUCAACUGAAAAUAGUCUCCUCAUUGCAACUGAUGUUGCUGCAAGAGGAUUGGAUAUUCCAAAAAUUGAACAUGUCAUUCACUAUCAAGUUCCAAGAACAUCUGAGAGUUACGUACACAGAAGUGGAAGAACAGCUCGAGCCAUGAACGAAGGUUUAACUGUUUUGUUAAUGGAACCUACUGAAAAACACAAUUAUACAAAGAUUUGCAAAACUUUGAAUCGCACUGAAGACUUGCCUACAUUCCCAGUAGUAGACAGACUGCUUAUGUGUGUUAAAGAAAGAGUGAAUGUUGCCAGAGAUAUUGACAAAUUAGAAUUAACAUGCCGUAAGGAAAAUUUUGACAAAAGUUGGCGUCAAAAGGCAGCUAGAGAAAUGGAUAUUUUGCUCGAUGACGACGACGAUGAUGAGCAAGAUUCGGAAGAAGCUAAAGGAAAAGCCGACGCGAAGCGUAGUUUGCAGGGCAAAAAGGCUCGUUUGGAAGCUUUGCUGAAGAAGCCGCUGUUCCCGAAAAAUUAUUCAGGAAAGUUCUUGGAUCACUCGAUGGAGCUUUCGCUGGAACAGAACUCGCGACGAGCCAUCGACGUAAUGAAAGACGAGAUCAAAAAGCCGAACUCGAAAGGAAAGAAGAGACCCUUGAAACUGUACCGUGCCGACUCGAAGAAACCAAAACUCGAAGAAACCAAGACCAAAAAGAAAUAACUCACUACACUGUACCAUAAAAAAAAAUUUCCUCAUGUAAAUAAAUGUUUAUAAUGAC